AUGUCACAAUCUGCAUCUCAUCAUUUCCACCCUGUUUCCCCCAGCUCCUGUUUACCCCGGCUGGUCACUGGUCCAAGUCAAAUGAGAGGAGACCCCGAUCUCCCUGCAGACCCUGUGCCAGAGCCUGAGCCUACUGAGGGUGAAGAAGGAGACGAGGAUCCCAAGUCCCUCUUUGCUGUAUCCAGCAGCCCCAGCUGGCCCAUAUCGCUGCACCCAAUCCCCUUUACGUCUACAGUCCCUGAUUCACAUGCACCGUCUCUGUCCCCAGGCAGUUCUCCGACCCCCCUGCCGAUAAGCACUGCAACUCCAAUGGACAAGGAGAUGCUCAAGCUCCUUAUCCCCACCCGCUAUGAUGGAAAGACUGUGCAAGAAUGCAACCGGUUCCUUGCCAUGCUCAAACUCUAUUGGGCGGUGAAUACAUUUCUGUCAACAAUCAACAUUGUCACAACUUAA